GCUCUCUCACAAGCAUGUGAUUUGUUGUCUGCUGGAGUUGAUACUUCUUCUAACACAGCAGUGUUUCUACUCCAUCAUAUUGCCAAGGAACCAGAACUGCAGCAAGCAUUGUAUGAUGAAUUUACUAGUGUUUGUGGUUUAAAUGGAAUACCUGACUUCAAUGAUUUCCAAAGGAUGCCUCUAGUCAGGAAUUGUAUCAAGGAGACACUACGACUUUAUCCAGCAGCACCAAUUAUAAGACUGGCUCAAACAGAUAUGGUCGUUCAUGGCUACAAAGUUCCAAAAAACACUUCAAUAGUUUUUGAGCUUUUUUUGAUUGGAAGAGAUCCAAAACUCUACCCUAAUCCAGAGCAUUUUAAUCCUUAUCGUUGGGAGGGAAAGAAGGAGCAAGAUGGCCUAGUUACAUUUGGUAGUCUCCCAUUUGGUGCUGGUGUCCGAAUGUGUUACGGAAGGCGUUUAGCUGAGCUAGAGCUUCACCUUUUGUUGGCUAAUAUUUGUAGAAGAUUUGUCCUCUCUACUGACCAGUCUUCUUCACUUGAACUAAUAAAGUUAACACUUUUAAGAUCAAAAGGUCCUGUUAGACUUCAUAUAAAAGAAAGGGAGCAUGUCUAAUAACACUCCUUCAUAUUUUGUCUCUUAGGCCCCUUACUUACUUCUUUUUAUAAUAAUAAUAAUAAUAAUAAU